AUGGGACCACCAUCAGAAGCAAUCCAUCCCUACCCAGAGGAUCCCCAAGAUGAACCCCAACAAACCGUCUUAAUAGUAGGCGCAGACCCAGUCCGCCUAGCCCAGUCCGGCAUAACGGUGGAAGUAAUCGAAAAAGAAAAGCAAUUAAGCGAAGAACCACGCGCAAGGACAUAUUACGCCAGCGCCUUAACAGCGCUGCACAAUAUGGGAAUCAUGCCCGACAUGAAGAGAAUAGGAUUCGUCUCGGAAGGGACAUCGGAUGCUUUGCUGGAUGUUUAUGCAAACGAGAGAGCAAAGGCUUUCCAGAUGUUUGUUGAUCUCCAAAGCACCCAGCACAAACUUCGACUCCAAAGCGAUCCAGAAACACUACAUGAAAAUUGGUUUAUUCGAUAA